AUGAGAAACUAUAAUAUUAAUACAUUAAAUGCAUUGUUGGUGUUGUUCUCCAUUGUUGGGUUCAACUUGGCAACAAAUAAUGGAAACACGAAGUGCAAAGAGAGGGAGAGACGUGCACUCCUCACGUUUAAACAAGACCUUCAAGAUGAGUAUGGUAUGUUGUCCACAUGGAAGGAGGGUUCAGAUGCAGAUUGCUGCAAAUGGAAGGGAGUUCAAUGCAACAUUCAAACUGGUUAUGUUCAAAGUCUUGAUCUGCAUGGCUCGUAUCGACGCCGAUUGUUUGGUGAAAUCAAUCCUUCAAUAACUGAGUUGCAACAUCUAACAUAUCUAAACCUCAGUUAUCUGAAUACUAGUGGUCAAAUCCCAAAAUUUAUUGGCUCCUUCUGCAACUUAAGAUACCUUGAUCUCUCAAAUAGUGGUUUUGAUGGGAAGAUUCUGAUAGGAUCUAAUAUUUUAUUUCUUUGUGUGAAAUCGGGUCUCUAUCAGAUUCCUUCUCAACUUGGGAAUCUCUCACAAUUGCGACACCUUGAUCUAAGUGACAAUGAACUCACUGGAGAAAUCCCUUUCCAACUUGGAAAUCUUUCAUUGUUGCAGUCUCUUUUACUCAGUUCCAAUUCCAAUAUUAGAAUCAACAACCAAAUUGAGUGGCUAUCAAAUCUCUCUUCUGUGAGAAUUCUUGACUUGAGUGAUGUUCAAAAUCUCAACGAUUCUUCUCAUCACACCUUGCAAUUCCUAAUGAAGCUUCCAAGCCUUGAAGAGUUGCAUCUAAGCAAUUGUAGCCUUUCUGAUGCCGAUAUUCUUCCUUUAUUUGAUUCUCAUGUGAACUUUUCCACUAGUUCUCUUACUGUCCUUGAUCUAUCUUUGAAUCAGUUGACGUCAUCAUCAAUGAUAUUCGAUUGGAUGCUUAACUACAACUCCAAUCUUCAACACCUUGACCUUUCUAAUAACUUGUUGAGAGGUACCAUUCCUAAUGAUUUUGGAAACAUAAUGCAUUCGCUUGUAAGUCUCAAUCUCACAAGCAACUAUCUAGAAGGCAAGAUCCCAAAAUCAAUUGGGAAUAUUUGCACCUUGGAGACAUUUGAUGCAACUGAUAACCGAUUGAGUGGACAAUUAGAUUUUAUGACCUCUAGUAACUAUUCUCACUGCAUUGGAAAUCUAUCAUCGUUACAGGAACUAUGGCUAUGGAAUAAUGAGAUUUCGGGCAAGUUACCAGACCUUUCAAUCCUCUCGUCUUUGAGACUGUUGGUUCUUAAUGUCAAUAAAUUAACUGGAGAAAUACCCGCGAGCAUCGGAUCACUUACCGAGUUACAGUAUUUGUACCUGGGCGGAAACUCUUUUGAAGGUAUCAUCUCUGAAUCCCAUUUCACUAACCUCUCCAAAUUGGAAAAACUAGACUUGUCUGACAACUCGUUGACUAUGAAGGUUAGUAAUGAUUGGGUUCCCCCUUUUCAAUUAUUAACAUUGGGCUUAUCAUCUUGUAAUAUGAAUUCUAGAUUUCCUAAUUGGCUUCAAACACAAAAUGAAUUAUCCAUUAUUUCCCUUUCAAAUGUGAGUAAUAUAUCUCCAACACCUCUUUGGUUUUGGGGUAAAUUGCAAACACUAGUUGGCAUGUCAAUUUCAAACAACAAUAUCACAGGCAUGAUUCCUAAUUUGGAACUCAAUCUUACCAACAAUACUAUGAUAAAUUUGAGUUCAAAUCAGUUUGAAGGUUCCAUUCCUUCUUUUUUAUUGCAAGCAGGAGCACUAUUUCUGUCCAAUAAUAACUUUUCAGAUUUAGUUUUUUUCUAUGCAACAGAAGUAAUUCUAACAUUUUGGAAAUUUUGGAUUUAUCAAACAAUCAAAUAAAGGGUGAGUUACCUGAUUGUUGGAAUAAUCUAACCUCGUUAAAAUUUGUUGACUUAAGAAAUAACAAAUUAUGGGGAAAGAUUCCAUUCUCAAUGGGUACCCUUACAAAUAUGGAGGCUUUGAUUUUAAGAAAUAAUAGUUUGAGUGGACAACUUCCUUCCUCUUUGAAGAAUUGCUCAAACAAGUUGGCUUUGUUGGAUCUUGGAGAAAAUAAGUUUCAUGGUCCAUUACCUUCAUGGAUUGGAGAUAGCUUACAAAAUUUAGAAAUCUUAAGCCUUCGAUCCAAUAACUUCUAUGGAAGUUUACCUUCAAAUCUCUGUUACUUGACAAAACUUCAAGUCUUGGAUUUGUCACUGAACAACAUAUCAGGAAGAAUCCCAACUUGUAUAAACAAUUUUACAUCAAUGUCUUAGGACUUGAUUAGUUCAAUUUAUUACUUAUGUGGAAAGGUGUGGACCAAGACUUCAAAAAUGCAGAUAAGUUUUUAAAAACCAUUGAUCUCUCAAGCAACCAUCUUACUGGGGAAAUACCAUCGGAAGUUCAAUACUUAAUUGGAUUGAUUUCCUUAAAUUUGUCAAGGAACAAUCUCAGUGGGGAAAUCAUUUCAAACAUAGGAAACUUCAAGUUACUUGAAUUUCUUGAUCUGUCAAGAAAUUGUCUUUCAGGUAGAAUUCCUUCCAGUAUAGCUCGCAUUGAUCGUCUUGCCAUGUUGGAUUUGUCAAACAAUCAGCUCUGUGGAAACAUUCCAAUUGGAACGCAGCUGCAGAGCUUUAAUGCUUCAAGUUUUGAAGGAAAUUCAAAUCUCUGUGGAGAACCCCUUGAUAGAAAAUGUCCAGAAGAAGAUCCAUCAAAACAUCAAGUGCCAACAACUGAUGCAGGAGAUGAUGAUAAUUCAAUAUUUUUGGAAGCAUUAUACAUGAGCAUGGGGAUAGGAUUCUUCACUGGUUUCGUUGGCUUGGUCGGCUCAAUGUUGUUACUACCAUCUUGGAGAGAAACUUACUCCAGAUUCUUGAACACUUUGAUAUUGAAAGUCAUCAUGUGGUGGAAGCAGUAAUUCUACCUGGCAGGAUCUCUUAUAGAAUAAUGUAGAUUGGUUAGCAGUGUGGAGUUCACACCCUUGACUGUUUGGUUAUGGGUAGGAAUAGCAAAGGAUCAAUAAAUGACAGUUUUUGUUAAAACUUUAGUGUUUGAUUGUGUUUUGUUAGGCUUUUAAUUUCAAUUUUGAGAGUUUUUGUAUGGAAAUCUUCUGCUAUCAUGUUAUUAAUGUAAUAAAUGGAAUUUUGUUAAAACUUUAGUGUGUGAUUGUGUUUUGUUAUGGCUUCUGCUAUCAAUUUAAUAAUGUAAU